UUUGCCACAACGGUGGGAGCUACACAGAGCAGUGAUUAAAAAUGCAACAUACUCAAAACAUAAUUCUUUGAGACAAAACUGAAACAGUAUAUUUUCUUCUUCAAAGAUGACUGACAGCUGGCUGGACAAUGCAAACAUUUGAACUAAUAGCUUAUAUGGUGAAAGUUAUGUUUUAGAAAGGAAAGCAGUGUUACCAAUUUGGCACUUUUGUUGUUCGCUGCUAUAAAACACAAUUAUUAUUAUUAUUAUUACUAUUAUUAUUAUUAUUAUUAUUAUUAUUAUUAUUAUUAUUAUUAUUAUUAUUAUUAUUAUUAUAAACUUCUGUAAGAUAUACACAAUCGGCUGGAACUUACCUAUUAGGUGUCACUUUCAAAUAUUGAUGUUUUAAUUGCUACUGCUAUCUGAAAUAUUACCACAAAACAAUCCAGACACAAUUUGGCACACGGUGCGCUCAAAAGAUACUCACAGCAGCAGCAAAUGCUAAAUUUCGUUUGCAGUCACUAUUUUUCCUGAUGGCAAGUAGACCCGACUAUGUCUGCCUAGCAUGGCAUUGCCCCCUGCUGAGACGACCCGCCGACUGUUAUGGCAUUUAGUUCAGUCUUUUUGGACCCUCUAUCCCGGAGCAUCUUCAAGAAAUUCGUGGCCAUGCUGUGCGCCUUACUUAUUUCGCUGUACUUUCUCUACUUCCUCACCGACAGCAGCACCAUGCCUAUCCCCGUCAAGGCAACGGGCGAGGACACUGGGUACCUGGCUUCAGACUUCAAACAGUGGCAGUCGGUUCAGAGAAAAAUACUUCUGCAAAAAAAAAUGAGCCAGCCGGAGCAAGGUAUGGCAGGACGCAAUUACUAUUUUAACAGUGGUUUUACUAGAACUAAUAAUAUCAACGGAUUCCCCACUGAUGGAAAAGAUGAAGGCGACCAACAUUACUUCAGCUCUGCCCAGCGUAUGCCCUCUCCCACGAACUUUGACGGUUUGGCAGGGAGGCCGAUUCUGGCUGGAGGUACAGGGAGCAACUCCGGCAGCGGUAAGAUCAGUCUUCUGGGUGAAGGGACCAAGAAGCUUCCCCAGGCGCUCAUCAUCGGAGUGAAGAAGGGAGGCACCCGGGCUCUGCUCGAGUUUAUCCGGGUGCACCCUGACAUCAGAGCCGUGGGAGCAGAGCCGCACUUCUUUGAUAGAAACUACGACAACGGGCUCGAUUGGUAUAGAGACCUGAUGCCCAAAACCCUGGAGGGUCAGAUCACCAUGGAGAAGACCCCCAGCUACUUUGUGACCAGGGAGGCCCCGGCCCGGAUCAGUGCAAUGUCCCGGGACACCAAGCUGAUCGUGGUGGUUCGGGACCCCGUCACCAGGGCCAUCUCCGACUACACGCAGACUUUAUCCAAAAAGCCCGACAUUCCCACCUUUGAGAGCCUGACCUUCAAAAACAGGACUACCGGGCUCAUUGACACUUCCUGGAGCGCCAUCCAGAUCGGCAUCUACGCCAAGCACCUGGAGAACUGGCUCCAGUACUUCCCCAUGAGCCAGAUCCUCUUCGUGAGUGGGGAGCGGCUGAUCAGCGACCCGGCCGGAGAGCUGGGAAGGGUCCAGGACUUCCUGGGCCUCAAGAGGAUCAUCACAGACAAACACUUCUACUUUAACCAGACCAAGGGCUUCCCAUGCUUGAAGAAGGCAGAGGGCAGCAGCAAGCCCCACUGUCUGGGCAAAACGAAAGGCAGGACCCAUCCCAACAUAAACCCAGAGGUGGUGCAGAGGCUCAGAGACUUCUACAGGCCUUUUAACAUGAAGUUCUACCAGAUGACCGGCCACUUGUUUGGGUGGGACGACUGAACGGACGAUUUAAACGCCAGCAUAGACAAUGAGGAUAUAUGUGAUGUAAUGGGGCACUCUUUGAUGGUAUCAAUGCUGGGGUUACAGUACUUAGUUCCCUUGGGAUGUGUUGGUUUCUAAUUGGUUUCCCCUAGCUGAGCCAGGAAUAUUAAGGUUAGAACAAAAUACAGUUGCUCUUCCACAGAAACAAUGUUCUCAGGCAGAGAUUACCAAAAUAACUAAAUAGCCUUGGAAAGUACUACAGGCCAUAAUAUUAAGCAUUAUCCUCAAAACGUAUAUGAAUAUAUUGCACUUACUGAGAUGCACAUUGUAUACAGCCCUCACUAAUGUAUAUUAUUUAGACUUUACAACUGAAAGCUCAUGGAGAGUAAACUGGCUGACACACUGGCCGUCAAAUUAUUCAUGUGCUGAGCAAAGAUAAUGCAGUAAUGCCAUUAAUACUAUAUCGUUUUAAUAUAGUAUUUAUUCCAUGGUAAACAGAGGCAGUUUGGACUGAAUGUGUCGUGUUUAUUCCUUCCACAUUCUCCUAGACAGGGUUCUCAAAUGAUCAUAUCUGUUAAGAAACAAAGUGGCAUAUCUGAUAUGUGUUCGAAAAGAAUCAAUGAUAAAAAUCUUAUUUUUGGAACUUAUUUAUUUAAAGUACAAGACACAUAUAAAGCUAUUUUAAAUACUCCAUCAUGUUUGCUGUAUGUUAUAUUCUUAUAUAAUGUUGUCCUCGGCUCUUAUAAAGGUUCCCUGUUCUGUACAAUUUGUUUUUUUAUAACAGAAAACGGGGAAAAAAACACGAUUAUUUUUGUGGAGUUUACAUAACCUUGGUUAAUUUGUCAUAUCUACAGAAUACUUUAACUUUUGGUGCUAUUUUCUGUAUAUUAUACUGUAAUUAUGUUUUUACUUAAUUUAAGAGUUUUAAAAGAGAGCACAUGUUUAAUAAAAAAAAGAACGGGUAUUUAUUCA